UUGGCAGGAGGUAAGUACUUGACUUGCUAGCUGUUAGUGAGGAACAUAACAGAAGACCUUGAAAGCUGUUUUUGUUCCUAGUGUCAGUAGAAGAACGUUCUGUCAAUCAGGGAGAUGGACAUACAUAGCAUCCCGAAGAUAGUAUUGAUUGUGGUAUUAUUCCUAGUGGUGCACCCAAGUGGAUCAAGAAGCCAAUGGGUGACUAACCAACCUAGUCCUCUUUGUCCCUCUCAAUUUGCACUAGUGAAUCAUGCAUGUUCGUUGCUCCCAUUUGUUCCGGUGUCUCCUCCAUCUCCACCAUCAUCCCCUUCUUUGCUAGUAGCCCCACCUCCUCCUCCCAGCCCUCCAGAAAGAAGACACAGACACAGGCAUGAUCGACACCACGGGCAUAGGGAAAGUUCUGCAGAAGAGAACUGCUGCAGGUGGAUGAGACAAGUCGACAGCGAAUGUGUGUGUGAUCUGCUGAUUCGUUUGCCUUUGUUCCUGUCUAGGCCUGUCCACCAGUACACAAUCAUGGUUGAUCCAGCUUGCAAUAUUACGUUCGAGUGCGGUUCGAGGGUUGAGAAUCAUAUGUUAACCCCUUUCCCCUGAUACUCCAUCUCAAUACACCUUGACUUGUGAUGUUUUAAGUUUAUUAACUACAUCUUGAAAUUAAAAAAAAAGUUAAGAAAGUAGAGUAACCUAGUAUUUUCGUUUAAUGCCUUAUGAAAAUGUAUGUAAUGUGUAGCUGAAGUAAAAGAAAUAAAAGUUAUGUAUCCAUCUUCAUCAAAA